AUGACUAUCGCAGACCUCAUCCUAUCCCUGAACGACCAAAUUCGGGACCAUGCAGGUCGAUCACUCCUCGUGUCCUUUUUUAUUGCUCCUGUCGCGUACCUUUUCGUCAACGAGAUAAUCCGCCAUAACGCACGGAUUGACAAUUUGAAAGGCCCUUCUGGGUUCCCCCUCGUUGGAAAUAUUUGGGACAUUCGUACUAACGCAGCCGAAAAGUAUCGCGAGUGGGCCAAAAAGUUUGGUCCGGUAUACCAGAUCCAACUCGGCAACAUUCCCGUCAUAGUUGUCAACUCGGCGGCUGCCGCCAGGGAGCUCUUCGGGAAGAAUGGUCAGGCGCUCAGCUCAAGACCAGAGUUCUACACUUUCCACAAAGUCGUCUCUGAUACUGCCGGAACGACGAUUGGUACAUCGCCCUACAGCGACUCGCUCAAGCGGCGACGCAAAGGCGCUGCAUCGGCGUUGAACCGCCCCUCUGUGGCAACAUACGUUCCUCAUCUCAACAUUGAGACUCUCGACUUUAUCAAAGAACUUUACACAGACGGAAAAGUUGGCGAGGUCCCCAUCGAUCCCAUGCCCAUGAUCCAAAGGCUCUCGCUAUCUCUUGCCCUUACGCUCAACUGGGGCAUUCGUCUGAAGAGCAGAGAAGACGAUCUUUUUGGCGAGAUUACUCAUGUUGAGGAGGAAAUCAGUCGCUUCCGAUCCACCACCGGCAACCUCCAGGACUACAUUCCACUUCUCCGCCUGAAUCCUGUCAACUUCCACUCUGCCAAGGCUCGGGAGAUGCGAAGACGACGUGAUGCCUAUCUAUCCUCGCUUAAUAGAGGCCUCGAUGAGCGCAUCGCUAAGGGAACCUAUAAGCCAUGCAUCCAGGCAAAUGUCAUUUUGGAUAAAGAGGCAAAGUUAAACGAGGAUGAGCUCACAUCAAUUAGCUUAACUAUGCUUUCCGGCGGCCUCGAUACUAUUACGACCCUUUUAGCCUGGUUCAUUGCUUAUCUAUCCCAGCAUCCGGAGAUCCAGGACAAGGCCGUUUCCGAAAUCCGCAAGCUCUACGCUGAAGACCAACCGAUGUGUGAUGUGGAGGACGAUCAGAAAUGCCAAUAUAUCGUCGCUCUGGUGCACGCGGAAGUAUGGGAGGACCCGGAAGUGUUCCGCCCCGAAAGAUGGAUUGAACAACCGGACGCUCCACUGUUCACGUAUGGCAUUGGCUACCGCAUUGAGGGGAAACGCAGACCCAACCAGUUUGGUGGCAAUGCCGAAACGCUACAGAUCUAG